UUUCGUUUUCCUCUUUCUCUGGCCUAUAUAAUUCCACUAUCCUCCACUUCUGUGUUUCCAUCAUCAUUCACCUAAGAAAAUAUCUUCUAAGCUCUCAUCCAUCAUUCAACAACUCUCUUCAAUCUACUUCUCUGUUUCCUCUGUUUCCUCUGUUUCUUGAUUGUUGUUGUGUUUAGCUCGGAAGAUAGAUAUGGGAAGUACUCCGGCUGAGUUACCUUGUGAGGAUGUCGCCGAUAACAGAUCCGGCGUUGGCGGUGGUAUCUCUGAUGUCUACGGUGAGGAUUCCGCCACCUUGGACCAGCUCGUCACUCCCUGGGUUACCUCCGUCGCUAGUGGUUACUCGUUGAUGCGUGAUCCGCGUUACAACAAGGGACUUGCAUUCACUGAUAAAGAAAGAGAUGCUCAUUACUUAACUGGUCUUCUUCCCCCUGUGGUUUUGAGUCAGGAUGUUCAGGAGAGAAAGCUUAUGCACAAUCUCCGUCAGUACACUGUUCCUCUACAGCGUUACAUGGCCCUCAUGGAUCUUCAGGAAAGGAACGAGAGGUUGUUCUAUAAGCUUUUGAUUGAUAACGUUGAGGAGUUGCUACCAGUUGUGUACACACCAACAGUUGGUGAGGCUUGCCAGAAGUAUGGGAGCAUUUUCAGGAAGCCACAGGGUCUCUACAUCAGUUUGAAAGAGAAGGGCAAGAUUCUUGAAGUGUUGAAGAACUGGCCCCAGAGAGGGAUCCAAGUUAUCGUUGUUACUGAUGGUGAGCGUAUUCUCGGUCUGGGAGAUCUUGGUUGCCAGGGAAUGGGAAUUCCAGUGGGCAAACUAUCUCUUUACACAGCUUUGGGAGGAAUCCGUCCAUCAGCUUGUCUUCCAAUCACCAUUGAUGUUGGUACAAACAAUGAGAAGUUGCUGAAUGAUGAAUUCUACAUCGGCCUUAAACAACGAAGGGCAACUGGCCAGGAAUAUGCAGAUUUUCUUCACGAGUUCAUGUGCGCUGUCAAGCAGAACUAUGGAGAGAAAGUGUUGGUACAGUUUGAAGAUUUUGCAAACCACAAUGCAUUUGACCUUUUGUCUAAGUACAGCUCUAGCCAUCUUGUCUUCAAUGACGAUAUCCAGGGUACUGCAUCUGUGGUACUUGCUGGGCUUAUUGCCGCUCAGAAAGUGCUUGGUAAAACCCUGGCUGACCAUACCUUCUUGUUCUUGGGUGCUGGAGAGGCUGGAACCGGUAUUGCUGAGCUAAUUGCUCUUAAGAUUUCAAAAGAGACUGGAGCUCCCAUCAAUGAGACCCGUAAGAAGAUUUGGCUCGUGGACUCCAAGGGACUGAUUGUUAGCUCGCGAAAAGAAUCUCUUCAGCACUUCAAGCAGCCAUGGGCUCAUGAGCACGAACCUGUCAAGAACCUCAUUGGUGCUGUCAAUGCAAUCAAGCCAACUGUUCUCAUUGGAACAUCCGGUGUGGGUCAAACUUUCACAAAGGAAGUUGUUGAGGCCAUGGCUACUAACAACGAGAAACCGUUGAUUCUUGCUCUUUCAAACCCUACUUCUCAAGCUGAGUGUACCGCAGAACAGGCUUACACAUGGACCAAGGGUCGUGCAAUCUUUGGAAGUGGAAGCCCAUUUGAUCCUGUUGAGUACGAUGGCAAAACUUACUUGCCUGGCCAGGCAAACAAUUGCUACAUUUUCCCGGGUUUGGGUCUUGGUUUGAUCAUGUCCGGUGCUAUCCGUGUCCGUGAUGACAUGCUCCUUGCAGCUUCUGAAGCAUUGGCAGCACAAGUCACAGAAGAGCAUUUCGCCAACGGUCUGAUCUACCCACCAUUCUCAAACAUCAGAGAGAUCUCAGCUAACAUUGCAGCCAGUGUUGCCGCCAAAACCUAUGACCUCGGAUUGGCGUCUAACCUCCCACGUGCAAAGGAUCUGGUCAAGUUUGCAGAGAGCAGCAUGUACAGCCCUGUCUACAGAAACUACCGUUAAAAAAAAGUUUUGUUGAAGAAACACCUGCAGAUUCUCCUAUUCAGAACCCUUAAUAAUAGUUCUUCUUGAAGCUUGUAUUGAGUUUUAUUGUUGCUUGUUCGUUUGAUUUCUACUUCUUCUUCUUCAUUCUGAUGUUGUUUAAGAACUCUCUUUGUAUUUUGCUGAUGAAUAAUAAAUUUUCUAAUUACUACUA